ACAGCUGCAAGUAGUUUGUUUCCAUAACAACCCAAACAUAUCCGGAAAAGUAUAAAGAAAUAAAGUGGCUAAAGUAAAAAACGAUUAAGAAAACGUUCGCGAUUCAGGGCCAGGGGUGACGUUAUUCAAUUUCGUUUAUAGAGACAUAGACUUCUCUUUCCUCAGCCCUUUGAAAGAUUGAGUAAAAGUUAAAUGCUUCGUUUUUGAUGUUAACGAUGCGAUGCAAAUAACUUAAUAGCAUGAGUGAGAAUGAGCAAGACAACAGACAAGACAUCUCUAGCAGAGGCCUUCAUACAGUUCCAAAUUGAAAUUAAAAGGAAAGAGAUUCAAGAUAUUAAAGAUGAGAUACACCAACUAGAAGAUAAGAGGCAAAAGCUGAUGAAAGAGGUAAGUGGUGACUUUGUGAAGAUGAUGAUAAUGAAGAGGAUGAAACACGUGUAUCUACAGCAGGAGGAGCUGAGAGAAGAGCAGGCCAAACAUGCGCGGGAACAGCGGAGACGGAUGAAGGAGAUGGAGGAAAACCUGGAGAAAAAAGAGCGGGAAGAUCAAGAGCUGCUGAAGGAAACGACCCAAGAGAGCAUGAAGCUAAAACACAAGCAAGAGAAAGAACUAGAAGAACUGUGCUGUAAGCUUGCAAGGCUGCAAGUUGAAGUGGAAAAACAGACAGGAGAACGAGACGCAUGGCUGCAGUAUAAGACCGAGGGUAGUAUGAAAGACCAGCAAAAGAUACAAAAACUGGAAAAACGAACCAUUUUGUCACAAAUAACUUUCCACGAUAUAUCAGAACAUUUUCAGAAAUCUCUUGUUGUGGCUAAAGAAGAACAGCAGCAAAACCUUGCACAGAGUUUGGAGGAAAAAAUUCAGUUCGCCACAACGAAAGAAACAGAAUUACUUGAUGAAGCCAGUAUAACUGAGCUUCAAGAAACUGAGUGGCUAAAAGAACAGGUUCCGAUAUAUAUUGACAAAGUCACAGUAUUGGAAUCCAUUGUCCAGAACUUACAAGAGGAGAACCUGAAACACAUUAACACUCUUUCCCAAAUAAUCGAUUCUCUAAUCGGCACAGGCAAUGAAUUUCCUGUGCAAUCUGCUAGCUUUGUGUCCCAUGACACUCAGAGUGCGGAUGAGAACAUAAUGAAAAAAUGCCUUGAGGAAACAUCAGAACUGCUCAAUAGAGGCUUGUAUCCCCACCAGACAUUAGCAGAAGCUGAAGAGACACAACAGGAGAGCAGUGAGACGACAUCACCUAGCACAACUCCAUCUGACAUCACAGAGAUGUUCAACAGUCAGGCUAAUUUCAUGGGGCCGAUACAUCUGGGUCUGCUGAACGAGAGGCUGCUGCGUGUGGAAGGUAAAGCGUGUCCUCUGCAUCCAUCACAAGACCAGACAGAAAAGUGGAGCGUUACCACAAAGACCAUCAAGGACAAGUUUCAAAAUCCUGGAAAAUCUGAUGCACCUGUAAACGACACCUCUGAAAUUCACCAAAAUUCAAUGCGCAGGUGGGGGUCCCGUUCAGGGAGCACAGGAUCUCCCUUAUUCACAGAUGAUGUUGUUGUGUUGGCUUCAUCGGACAUGGACCUUCAACAUGUACUUGGGCCUUUUGCUGCCGAGUAUGACGCAACUGAGAUGAUAAUCAGCACCUCCUAGUUCGAGGCCAUGGUGCUCCACCGAAAAAAGGUGGUUUGGCAUCUACAGUUAGGAGGAAAAUCCUUACGCCAGGUGGAGGAGUUCAAGUAUCUCGUGGUUUUGUUUACGAAUGAGGGAAGGAUGGAACGUGAGACUGACAUGAGGAUCAGUGCAGCGGCAGCAGAAAUGCAGUCAAUGUACUGGUCCGUUGUGGUAAAGCAGGAGUUAAGCCAAAGCUCUUGUUUUACCGGUCAAGCUACGUUCCUACACUCACCUUUUAUCUUGAGCUUUGGGUCAUGAACGAAAGCACAAGGUCUCAGAUACAAUCGGCUGAAAUGAGUUUCCUUCACAGAGUGGCAGGGCGCACUCUUCUAGAUAGGGUGAAGAGCUCAGAGUAGAGGCGCUGCUCCUCCACAUCAAGAGAAGUCAGCUGAGGUGGAUCAGGCAUCUGUUUUGGAUGCCUGCCUAGGAAGGUGUUCCAGGCAAGUCUUUCUGGGAGGAGGCCUCGGGGAAGACCCAGGACAAGCUGGAGGGACCAUGUCUCUCAGCUAGCCUG